AUGAGCGACUCGGAAUUCUUACCUCCACAGCCCACCAUCCGGAACAGCUUCCUCGAUGACACAAUUCGUAUCAUGCUUGCGACUGACAAUCAUAUCGGAUACCUCGAACGUGAUCCCAUACGCGGGCAAGAUUCUAUCAAUACUUUCAAGGAGAUUUUGCAACUCGCAGUCAAAAAUGAUGUAGACUUCAUUCUGCUUGCUGGAGACCUCUUCCACGAAAACCGCCCUUCACGCGACUGCCUCUACCAGGUGAUGGCUCUCUUGCGAGAAUACACGCUCGGUGACAAGCCUGUCGAGAUUGAGCUGAUGAGCGACCCUGACGAGGGUAAGGCAGCUGGAUUCUCGUUCCCAGCAAUCAAUUAUGAAGAUGGCAACUUCAAUGUUGGAAUCCCUGUUUUCUCUAUUCAUGGAAAUCACGAUGAUCCACAGGGUGCUGGGCCUGAAGGCGCACUCUGCGCCCUCGACAUGCUCUCCGUAUCGGGACUCGUAAACUAUAUCGGCAAACUUGACCUUCCGUUAAACGAUGCGCCGACAGAAGGCAUUGCUGUACGACCAGUGCUGCUGCGAAAAGGGAAUACGCACCUGGGCAUGUACGGCAUCGGCAAUGUCAAAGACGCGCGCAUGCACUUCGAGUUGCGAAGCAAUCGCGUGCGAAUGUACAUGCCUCGCGACAAAGAGAACUGGUUCAACCUUAUGCUGCUUCACCAGAAUCGUGUGAGGCAUGGUCCUCAGGAAUCUGUACCUGAAGGUAUGUUCGAUGAUAAUAUCGAUCUGGUUAUUUGGGGCCACGAACACGACUGCCGUAUCGUGCCUGAACCCGUCGCCGGCAAGCGGUAUUACAUCUCGCAGCCAGGCUCGUCUGUAGCUACAUCGCUUGCAGAGGGCGAGUCUCUGGAAAAACAUGUUGCUCUUGUAAAGAUUCAAGGCAAGGAGUUUGAAUUAACGCCGAUCCCCUUGCGGACCGUACGCCCGUUCGUGAUGGACGAGGUCGUUCUGACAGAGGCCGCUGAAGAGGAAGGCUUUGACAUCAAUGACCAGAUGGAAGUUACCAAGUUCCUCAAAGCACGGGUAAACGAGAUGAUUGCCAAAGCGAACACUCUAUGGGAUGAGCGAAAUGUACAAGCAGUCCAAGAUGGAUUAGAAGAGCUGCCUCGUAUGCUUCCGCUCGUCCGCCUCAAGGUCGACACUACCGCUGUAUCAUCAAUGUCUAACCCCAUUCGGUUUGGUCAAGAGUUCCAGGGUAAAAUUGCGAACCCACGCGACGUACUCACCUUUCACCGCGCAAAACAGACCGCUGCGCGACGUGUCAACGCUGAUGAACCAAUAUCGCUCGAAGAUGAUGAGAACGCAGAAGGCGGAGAAAAGUUGGUGGCUGGGCGCGUGCGCAUGCGGACCUUGGUGCAGGAUUACUUGAAGGCCCAGGAAUUGCAAUUGCUUGGAGAAAGUGGUAUGGCAAAUGCAAUUCAGGUAUUUGUCGAGAAAGACGAUAUCCAUGCCAUCCAAACGUGCGUAGUAAUACUUCCUCUGUCAUCGGGCGUUUUUUUGUUUGCGCCGAUGUUGACCAUGCCCAUUAGGCAUGUAAACGCAACGAUGAAGGGGCUUAUGAAAGGCGUCCAGGCUAAGGGAGAGAUUGAUGAAGAUGAUCUCGAUGAUGUGGUAAGCAAGCUGUAUUUCUCGAGAUUCGAAAACAAUGACGCUCAAUCCUUGCGCGGGUCGAAUCAGCUUGAGAAAGUACGAGAGCAGCAUGAGAAAGACUUCGCUCGAGAGCAGCUGCAAGGCAGUUUGGCUAAGGUAAGGUCAUGA